AUGGCGGCAGUUCUAAUCCCGCGAUCGUAUAACAAAUUGUUUUUACGUUUCCCCACUUUGAUCUCGAGAAACCUGCACUGCAGCUACAAAGAAAUCGUCGAGAACAAUACCUUCUCUUUGAACGCUAUCUCGUACAGGAAAUCUCACAAAAUGUCCGCCUUUUCCACUUCAUCUGAGAAAAGUUCGUCUCUCGAUUUGAGUGGAAUUUUUCCCCCGAUAGUAACGCCAUUUCAGGAGAACGAAGAUAUCAGCUACGACAAACUCACAGAGAAUUUCAACAAAUGGAAAGAUGUUCCAUUUAGAGGUGAGAUGAUAAAUAUGCAAUUUCCAUGAUCGGCGUCGUAUUGUCGUUAUAAAAUAUAUAUGUUGCCAGUUAUACCCCUGAAAUUUUCAAUCAGACUGUUUGUUUUUAAUUUGCCAUUUGCUACGUUAAAUCGUAUUUAUGACUGAUUAAUGAUUAAUAGCUGGAUUGGAGAGUAGAAGAGACAGUGCUUUUAAUAUUAUAAAUUGGUGAUAAUGAUAAAACUUUGUAUAAUUAUUUAGACAGCGAUAGACAGCUAGGGUCAGUGCCCCGGGGGGAUGGGGAGGGGGAAUACUCCGAAUUUCAAGUGACGGGGAUGAUCGAAGGAUUUUUUUGGGUAUGAAAUUUUCGAUCCCGGGUUUUUUAUGUGGCUAAAUAUCAUUUAGGCAAAGUUAAAUUUGAGCAAAUGCAGCCAGCGGUCCUCCUCAUCUGCAGCAUGUGACCUUUAGGGUGGCCUUCAGGGGUUUUGCAGGGUUUCAAGGUUCAUUGCUUUACAUGCGCAGUGUUAUCAGCUGAUCUUUGUGGAUCAAAAGCCUCCCUUUUGCGAAUCAUUGCGGAUUCUUGCUCCCUCUCCUCCCUCCCUCUUUUGCAUUUCGUUACCAGGGUAAGUAUCUUUUCAGGUAAGUUAUUUCUACUGAUUUUCCGUGUGACGGUGACGGUUAGCAGGCAUUCAUUUGGGUGGCUCCCAUAUUCCAGGUUGCCAUGGAUGCUUCCCUGCGGCUAUGGCGUCUGGCACCCCGCUAACCUUUAAGGCACAAGUUCCCAAGCUCAUCUAUUUGCGAUGAGUUUAAGGGGUAGGAAAAUUUGGCAGGUAUUGGGUGGCUUGAUUUAAGAAAGGAUUUUUGGGGUUUUCAAAACAAUCUGUAGACUAGCUGCCCUGCAGAUGUAAUGCUUGUACUGUCCACCUACAGAUGUACUUCCUCCCAUAAAUUUUACAUAUAAACUUCUCACCUUCCAAAAGCCUCCCACUCCCACAGUCCUCUCACUACCCACCAACCUACCACAACCCAUAGAACUGCUUACCUUUGAUGGAAUACUCCCAUAAGCCUUCCUUUUUCACAUACCUCCUAUACCUCAUUAACUUCCGCUCCCCUAUAAGGUAUCUCAUUUUGCAAAACAACUUCUCAGCCCCAACAAGCCUUCCCAAGAGGGGUGAAUAGGUGAACGGAUUGGUUGAUUCUGAAAGUAUUUUUGCGCGGAUUUCAGAUUCAAAGAGAGAUUUUAACGAUUUCCAGAUCCUGUAAUUGCUGUGGAUUGCGGAUUCAUCUAUUUCUUGGGCCCGGACUUUACACUUUGCGUGUAAUAUUAUUAAAAUAUUUUCGCCAAGAUUUCUGACUUAGGGCAAAAAUGGAGGGGCGGAUUUGGUUAAUAAAUCAUAAUGGAUCGGCGGAUUUGCAUACCCCUAUUCAUCCACCUCCUUCCCACCCCCACAGGUGUCCUGCCACUACCCAACAACUUCCCACCUUCCAUAGGACUGCUUACCUUUCAUGGAAUACUCCCAAAAGCCUUCCUUUCUUGACAGACCUCCUACACCCCACCAACUUCCUGCUCCAUAUAAGAUGUCUCAUUUUGCAAAUAAAUGUCUCACCUCCCAGAUUACCCUUAGCACUCACUUAAACCACCCACACACCCCCUACUGACCCCCUCCACCUCACAAAAGACUGCUCACUAUCGUGGACUAAACACCUCUCAUAAGCUGUCCCUUCCCCACAGACCUUCCAAGACUUCUAACCUCCUAAAGAUCCCUACCUUUCACAAACAAGCUGUCUAAUAUAAAGAGUUUUUCUUCGGUGGCCAGUUCACUGACACAGAAUUUUGCAUUUUUGUUAUAUUUUUGUUUAGGCUAUGUUGUUCAAGGCUCCAAUGGUGAAUAUGCAUAUAUGAAAGCUGAAGAGAAGAUUGCCUUGGUGCAGAAGGUGAGAGAGCUUGCUCCAAAAGACAAACUUAUUCUAGCAGGAUCAGGUUGUGAGGGUGAGUGCUGUAGUGAUCUUUAGAUUUGACUUUUGGUAGGUAACUGGGUAUGAGUUUAACACUGGAAUUAAUUCCAAUCAGUUUCCCGUAAUCUGUCGCUUACAAGUUUCCCCCCCCCCCCAAUAAUAGGCCCAUCUACCUGUGGAGAUUUCUGGUAGCUUGCAGAUGCAUUUUCUACGUUUAGUAGCUGCACUGAAGCUUAAAACUAGUUAGCUUCUAUAACCAAGACUAUUAUGGCCUGUGGCCAUUAUACCUCUAUCCACUUAGAGAGGGAUGGUUAUACAGCAUUGAUAUUAUUGCCAGUUAACAUUAUCAGGUCUGUCACUAAGCAGUGGCGGAUCCAUGGGAGGGGCCGAGCCCCCCUCCCUUAUUUUUUAGACCAAACGGAAGCCCAAAGGGAUGAACAAAAAAUUUUUUUGGAGACCAGGCCUCCCCUUACCACCUGAUCACAGGGUUUGAAUGACUUAUCCACCACUGCCAAGGGGAAGGGGCCUGGAAUUUUCCCCGGUUAUUAAGGGCAUGACCCCCUGGCUACUAAUAAGAACCAAUAGGAAAAUAGAACCAAGAAUUCCCCCACUACUAAUUAUUGCAUUUGUAACCGAGAGAGUUGAAAUCCUAGUAACAGCGUUGAUCAUCUCUGUUGCUAUGAGAGCAUGAAUGGACUUUACAGAUGGUGUGAUAAUAUACCAUCUUCUACUAAACACUCUGUUUUACAUGUGUAAAUAUUCUUUAGCCACAAGAGACACCAUAGAAAUGACCACUAAAAUGGCAGAAGCUGGUGCCGAUGCAGCACUUGUGGUGACACCCUGUUUCUACAAGAAUGGCAUGACAUCAGAUGCUCUUGAGAAACACUUCACAAAAGUGAGUUUAGUCUGAGCAUCAGAUAUUGGGGGAGAGGGGGGGCAAAGGGAGAAAAAAGGGUGACUUGGGGAAGAGAGCUUGGUCUUAAUCUACCUGCCCCUCACCACUAAAGGUGGAUUCCCACUGUUGUAUUGAUUUUAUGUGCAUAUGCACACAAAGUUUAAAAAAAUAAAGCAUGUAAAUGUAUAAUUUGGGCGAGGUUCAACUUUUACGUAAUUUACAUGUGACACAUUGUCCCAAUUUUAUUAAUGCCAGUAAAAUUUACAUGCAUAUGCAAAUGAAAAUUACAGAAUGAUACUCUGUUUUAAGUGAGUCAAUCAAUGACUCUUCAGGGUUCUUGAAUGUUGCCUAUAAAUCAUGAGUUUUUGUGGCCUAUUCAAUGUUCUCAAUAAGAAUGGCCAAAAGGAAAAAUGAAUGCAGACUAAGGAUGGGUGCCGGUACUGAGUAGCCUGCAUAGCUGGUGGGAGGAGAGUUGCAAAAGUUGGGAAGAGACACUUUGUGACAUAUGCCGACAAAGAAUUCUGCCCGCUAUGCAGGCUAGGUACUUGGGAAAGAGAGAUUUUCAUUGGUUGUAUCGUGUGGUUGUUUUAUGUUUUUCAGAGGAUUUUUUGUUCCUUUAGUUUGUUACUUGUGUAGCAGAAUUAUCUACAUCCAACCUGUGAAUCUGUCAUUCAAACUAGCUGAAGUAAAUUGUUUCUUAUUCACCUUUAGUAUAUUGUAUAAUAAACUUUGUCUGAUGCUGCAGUUGCAUAAAUAAAUGGUUUUUUAUUUCAUACUGUUUGACAGGUUGCUGAUAAUUCUCCAAUUCCUGUAAUCUUGUACAGUGUUCCAGCAAAUACUGGAAUUGAUUUGCCUGCAGAAUGCAUAAUUAAACUGUCUGCACAUCCUAAUAUUAUUGGACUCAAAGAUAGUGGUGGUGAUGUAUGCAAAUCAUAAAUUACAUUUAACUGUUGUUGCAUUUUGUUUUAUCUGCUCUGAAAAUCAAACCCAUCCUAUUUUGAAAUGUGAAGGUGUAUUAGGUAUAUGCAAGCCCAGAAACUCUAGAUUUCUUGCCUUUUUUUCUAAAAUUGGAUAUAAAAUUUGCUCUGUGGAACAGUUAUGUUUUUCCUAUUUCUUUGCUCAUUUAUAUAUAAUUUACUUUAUUAUUUUUCUAUUAUUUUUGAGAACACCAGUUACGGUCGAUCGGCCCCUUUAAAUGUAUGAACUGAUUUGAGUGUUAUAGCUGGGCUGAGGGUGUAAGGUGUGCAAAGUGAUGAAGGCACGAAAGAACUUGGGACAGUUGGGGAAACCCUCCUAAGGAAUCAUUACCUUACUGUGUGGUUCAUCCCUUAUUCCCCUCAACUUCUAGCCUGUUCCAAGUUCCGAGAUGGUCGGGUGGCUCGGGCCCGCCAUAGAUAGUCGGGUCCGCCAAAUUGAGAAAAUGCGGACACAAAAAUUUUAACGGGAGGAAACUGGGGAGAGGAACGGCCCUUCGUUUUCUUCCUUUUUCUCGCCACUGGCCCCCUUUUCCCAGAUCACGUGCUUAUGUUUUCGCGUGCUUUUCACUUACGCGUCAUCCCUACUGUCUGAGAGCCUGGAACAGGCUAUUCACCUUCCCCAAGCUAUGAUAUGCCAAAAGGAAAAUGUUUUGGAGUCUCACUCAGAUACCCUUGCCGCCCCCCUCGGCUUUGGUAGAUUGUGUUAACAUAAUUUUAAGCAUAAUUCAGUCAGAUACCCUUGCCCCCCCCCAGGCUUUGGUAGAUUGUGCUAGCAUAAUUUUAAGCAUAAUGCAGCAAAACGAGCAUUAUUUUAAGCUUUUAUUUCAGUUUAGCACUGCUGGCAUAAUCCGAGCUUUUAUGCGUUGAAAACAAAAAAACCCAUCAUAGCUCUAGAAUAAUUCAGUUUGUAUUUUAUUUCUGUAUUGUUUUUGGAAAAUAUUGAGGUCUGUGCUAAGCGAAGGCCCAUGGUCAAAUAUGGUCCGGCAGGCGGUAGAGGUCACCCUGUGCAUAAGACUGAGACUCAGGCCAGCACGCUUAUAGCUGCUUAUGGCUCGGCGGCUCGGCCCCUCAGAUGGCGUCGUCCUCGAGUACAUCCACUUCCACCACUUCCAGUGCCGUACCGAGAGCUUUAAUCCCUAGAGAACGUGUUCCUAAAAGUAAUACCGGAAAGUACAAGGAAAGAGGUAACUCAGAUCCAAAGAACAUGAGUCCUCGUGAUCGAAUGGAAGAACUCCCAGGGGAAAAUUUGUGUCUUUGAGGUGGAAAACUGUUUUGCAAUGGGUGUAAGGAGAUAUUGAGCUCUUAAAAGAGCAUUUUAAAAAAAACACUUGGCUUCCAAAAAACAAGCCGCAGGCAAAGAGAAGUUAAAAGUGACAAAAAAGCGAGAUCAUGUGCGCACAUGCGUAUUUGCCACGCUAAAGGCUGCAAUACUGGAAGGUGGACUAUAUGAAUGUUCAUUAAAGUCAAAAUUGAUAGAGUUAAGCUACUGAUGAUCUUUAUUUUCCUUAAAAUCAGUGUAAAAUCUAAGUAGCAUAAUUUCGGUGACAGAGAGCAUAAUUUUCAGAAAGUAGCAUAAUUUUGGCUUAAUUUCUAAAAAAUAUGAGCACUGCUAAAAGCAUAAUAUGCUUUUUUUUCGAGCACAAUCUACCAAAGCCUACCCACCCCCCCUUCUCCUUUACUGAUUGACCUAUUCCUUUCAAUUCGUGUUAUAAAAAUGCGAGCGCUGUGACUUGAACUGAUAGCUCGACUUUUCGUUUGUUAAGAACAGGACGCAAAAUUUUCAAUCAGUCACAAAGUUAAGUAUGGCAAUGAAAAACCAAAGUUAUCACAAAAUUGCGUCUGAAAAUCAAGUAACAAAUUUUCAAGAGGAAUGACUGACCAAAGUCACUUGCUUUGAUGGCUCACGGGCAGCUUAGUAAAGUGUGUGCGACGAUAAAUUAAACGAAAGAUUACACCGCACGCUGAACCUAAGGCUUUGGUAACUUCCCUCGAAGCAAUUUCUCUGGGAAAAAAAUGUUUUUUUAAUUCAUUUUUGUCUUUUCAGAUCACCAAGAUAGGUUAUAUAAUACACAAGACUGCAUCAAGGAAUUUUCAAGUUCUAGCUGGCUCCGCUAGCUUUCUUUUCCCCUCUUAUUGUUUAGGUAAGUUUCAACAACACAUUCACAAUAAAUAAAACCCGGGACUUACCUAAACUGCGUCAGGACACAGAUGUGACUUUUGAAUGCGGUACAUUCUUCUUUGUACUAAUAAGCUUGACAGUGGAGCUUAAGCAACGACAACACCGACGGCUGUGAAAUGGUCGCUAAAUUCGCCCUCUUUUAACUUCAUCGCUGUUAUUCCAACUGGUUUAAUUUCUAAAAUAUUUGCCGUAAUAAUUUCCUGGAAUUGAAUUCUCAGAGACGAUGACUAAAGUCAGGAUAGGAGAGAAAAUGUUGACGUCGUGUGCUUCCGCUCUACAUAACUCGUUUCGUUUUGAAAUUUUGCCUCGUCAUGUGUGCGGCGAACGAAAAAAAGCACCAUAAAGUGUGAUGCACGUGCAGAGCUAUAAGGCGCCCUAUUCUCACCGCUUCUCAAUUGCCAGCGUUCGAUAUAUUAAAAUUCUAACAUGACUCCGAGACUUUCUGGUCAUUUUUCUAUAAUUAUUUGGUUUGGUUUUCUUCUGCUCAAGUCUCUUUUGGGAAUUGCGAGACAAGGAAGUCUUGAAAAAUUUGCAAUUUUUACCCUAAAGCCUCGGAGUCGUGUUAGAAUUUUAACAUAUCGAACGUGGGCUUUUAGGCCAAUUAUAUAUAGAUAUACCACAGGUAAACCAGGCGCGAAGUAUAUGAACGGUUUUAAAAUUACAGUGUUCGAGUGGCUAUCCAAUAUUUUACGAACUAAAAAAAACAAUGAAGUAAAAUUGUUAUUGUUUUUGCCAACGAAGGAAAUGAAAUUUGCAGUAAUUUGUUCAAAUUCACUCUAUAUCAAUAAUAAUAUACAAGGUAGGAAACAAGUCGCCGACAUGCUCUCAUUCAAUGUUCUUUUUAUUAUCGAAUAACGGAAAAUAAAAAGACAUCGAUAAAAUGAUAGAGGGAAAUGACCGAAAUUACGUCAUCGAUAAACUCACGUGUGAGAUUAUGAAAAAUAAACCACUCGGGUCCCGGAUGUAGUUUUUAUGAAUUUUACGAGUGGUAUAUUUUCCAGUAAAACACUCGUGUCUAUAUAAUAAAUAUAGAUAUACUUUUUACUUUCACUUACUUUUACUUUAUUAAUUCGCAAAGGUGGUAACCAUCACGCGGAUAUAAAAUAGUAAUUACGUACAAAAAAUAAUAAUAAAAUAAAAAAUAAAAAUUACUUUACAUACAUAAAAAUUGAUUAUUCAAAAGAGAAGUUAAGCUAAAGCGAUUAAAAAAAAUAAAAACGGUCAAGCUCAUCUUUGAAUUUAGCAAUGUUUUGCUGGCCCAAUGUGGUGGGAGGGAGAGUAUUCCAUAGAUUGACAGUGGAGAUGGAAAAUGUUCCCAUAGGGUAGUUAGUAUCGCAGGCCUCGGGUUGAUGCUUCUUUGGAUGGAAAUUUCUAGUGUUCUUACAUGACAUGAGGACUAAGUCUUUGGGCAGGGGUAUGUAUAUGUUGUUUACGAGAGGCAUUGCAUUUUUUUUGUAACUGCUUUAACUGUGUUUAGGUGCUGUCGGUGGAGUAUGCGCCUUGGCAAAUGUUUUGGGAAGACAAGUUUGCCAACUUCAUGAAUUGUACAAACAGGGCAAAAUGGAAGACGCUAAGCUUCUGCAGCACAAGUUAAUCCAGCCAAACACAGCGGUAAGCGCUUGAAUACCAUCCUUAGGUCACUUUCCAUUUUUCCAUUCCCAGCCAGAUCAGUCAAAUCCUAAAUAGUGUGCAAGGAGGAGAUGGGUUUUUUUAACCAAAAACUGUUGGAAAAAGCCUAUUUCAUUGUCAAACUGAAUGGUCUGGCCAUAAUCCGGUCAGCCACUUCUGACUUUUGGACAGCCUGCGUAGCAAGCGUUUUCGUUUGGUUUCGGAGCAAAGAAAGGCCAAGAAACUGGAAUUUCGGUUUUGGCCGGGCGAGAAAUGAAACGAGAGCCAUUUUCGCCAUUUUUCGCGCGGUCUUCGACUCUCGUUCCUCGUUCUUUGCCCCGAAACCGCGCGGAAACGCUUGCUACGCGGGCUAAUUUUUGGAAAGCGCCUUUAAAGAGAGGACACGUUGUGGAGUCAUACGUUGGUCUGUGAGACAUCCUUCCAAUGAUAAGCCCUCUCCAUAAGCAGACCUGUAUUCUAUCCAGCGACACUCUUAGGCGAGGCAGUUCAGGUUACAUAAACCGCUAGUUUAACCUGCAUCGGCUUUGUCACUGACCCUACGCCGGACUCUAGAGCGCCGUUGCUUUACCUAAUCACGUUGGGUACCGCAAUGGUUCGAAUAAGCGUCCUUCAUGCAAUACCUACCGCCUCCUUUGUAAACGUCUCCUUUAGAUCCUUUCGAGUGUGUUAACGUUGCUGAGAACCCUAAUAGCGCCUCCCGUCAGAUUACAUGAAGACGUUUUAUCUAAUCGCUCGAACAAUGUCGAGUUAUUAAGGCCUCGUCCACACGUAUCCGGAUACUUUUGAAAACGGAUAACAGAGAUUCAUUUUAUCCGUUUUCCAAAAAAUACGUGUCUACACGUAGGGUAUUCGACUCGUUUUCGCCCGUCCGCUGCAAAAAUGCUUUAACGAUGGAAAUAUGAUUUAAAAUAGCACCCCUUGCAGGGCAUGCGCCGUAUGAUGUAUGACACCUUCGUUUAUAGGCCGGCGUUUUCAAAAAACUCCACUCCCGGGACCAUUCUCGAGAACCUGCGUUUUUGGUGCCCGAAAACGCCGGUUACAUGUGGACGGAAGGUAGUCUGCUACACGGCCGUUUUUAGUGUCGUCACGCAAUGAACUGGCACAAAUUCAAUGAUAAUUGUAACAAGGCUGUAAAACAAGCAAAAAAUGAUAACAUAACAACUGCUUGCGUGACGACUCUAAAAACGGCUGUGUAGCAGACUAGACGGAAGGCUAAAACGGCGAAAAAAAAAAUAUCCUUUUUUAAAAAUAUCCGGAUAGUGUGUAUGGAGCCUAAAAGUGGCCUUCUUCUAAGUUUCUCAACCGAUCUUUUCAUGCGAGAGUACCAAUCACCCUUGAUAGUGGCUUGACUGGUGGUCACGACAUAAUAUAUCCAGUUCCAGGCUUCGAGAUAAUCGGGUCCGCGGGGAUUGAGAAAGUGCGAACCUUAAACCUUCCUUUUUUAGUCAUAAUAAAGCUAUCGAUGUCCAAUAGAUUAGUGGCUUGCAUCACCGUAUUAUUACGAAGGGUUAGCCCUCGAUUCGUUAGCCUGUAAGGAGCUGUAAGACUCUCUUCGGUAGCCGGUGUUUGUGGAGAUUGUUUCUGUUACAGUUCUCCUGUUUUGUUUUUUUCGUUCUAGGUGACCAAAACAUUUGGCGUUCCUGGAUUGAAGAAAUCUAUGGAAUUUUUUGGUUAUUAUGGUGGACCGACUAGAUCUCCACUUCUGCCACUCAAGGACGCUCAAAUAGCUCAGCUUAGAGAGAUUUUCAAACUGUUUGAAGGUUUUCAAGGUUAAACAGCUCACGGUAUCCAUGACAUCCAAAAAAAUUCUAUCGUAAAGUAUUGUGUAUUACACUCGCGCGAAGAGUGUUUGUACUCGAAAUAUCUGCUUUCGACUUAUUUUUUUUAUGAAAGUGAAAACGUUGAAAGAUAAAGAGGAACAGGGCUUGAGAUGAAAUUUUCUAUAGCACAGGGUAGUAAACAUUCGAUAGUUGAAAUGCCAUACAGAACUUUUCGAUGAAGCAGCGCGCCGAAGGAUGGAGACUUUUCUCCAAGAAUAUUUCUGUUGGUUAAGAGUUGAUGAAAUGUGUGUGCGAGUUAGGUUUUGAAGUGUUUAAGUUAGGUGCCCAAUUUUUAGUUUUUUGACAAAUGAACUGAGGAGUGCGAUUUCCAAACUAAGACUUGACUGGUCCUGGAACAACCUUUGUAUGCGUGCGACCAUAGUUAGUAAGAGUUCGUGAGGCAGUUUGCAAAGAAAGAGAAGAAAGUCGGUUUUAACCGAAGCUUGUUGCUAAUAAGUACUAGCCCGAAAAUCAUUUUUACUAGCCUGAGAAAAAAAUUUAACAAGCGGAAUUACGAACUAAAUAAUUAUAAUUAUUAUUUACUAAUUGAUUUCCUUUAUGAAUAUAUUACAUUUAUGUAAGAAUUUAAACAAUUUGUCUUACGGUACUUCCCCAAAAAAUCUUCUCUUGUUAAGAAAAGAACUAGGCUCCCUAGCCCGAUC